UAUCACGGACGGAUAUCCGGCGAGGAGGGAAAGAACGGCACAUCGAGGGUUGGGAAGGAGUUGGAAAGGUGGAGGAUUACGAAGGUUACAGUUGCGCGCGAAACGGCAACGUGUCGGUAUCACAGGAGCCGACGACGAAGGUGUCGGAGAGCAGCGCGAAGUUAUCUUCGCAGCCGAGCCAGAACAAUCAUCGGGAGGAGAACAGCUGGUGGGCGGCGGAGGAGGGCGGGGGUCAAGAGAUAAGGGAGCGCGAUAAGGGUGCAGCGGUGGCGGGUGAGCUGGCUUGCCUCGCGGGUUACAUGGCGGGGUACUUGAAGGCGGCGGGCGCCACUUGCGCCCCGACCGGUAGUCCUCAGUACCAUCCCCACAGUCAUCCGGCGAUGGGGGUUGGUACUCAUCCACAUCCGCACUCUCACCCGCACCCGGGCGCGCCGCAUCCUGGCCUGCCUUCGCCCUUCGCCCUCGCCACUCACGGCCAUCCUCACCCUCAUCCCUUGGAGCACGGCCUCGCUGCGUUUCCCCAAGGGAUGAACCAGCGGAAACAGCGCAGAGAGAGAACAACGUUCACCAGAGCGCAAUUAGACGUGUUGGAAGGACUGUUUACGAAAACUAGGUACCCGGACAUCUUCAUGCGAGAAGAAGUUGCAUUGAAAAUUAAUCUGCCGGAAUCACGAGUUCAGGUCUGGUUCAAGAAUCGGCGGGCGAAGUGCAGGCAACAGUUGCAGCAGCAGCAGCAGCAACAGCAGCAGCAGCAACAGCAGCAAGCCUCGCCCUCGAAAGGGUCGCCAAGGUCGAGCCAGGCGCAGAGCAACUCGAGCAACGGCAACAAGAUGUCGACGAGCUCGACCGCGACGCCGAGCAGACGUUCCUCGCCCGUCUCUCCGCCACGGGGCAAAGAGGCGCCCGGGCCCAACUCGCCACUCUUGUCGACGACAUCCACCUAUCCGCGGUUGGGUGUAACGCCGACAGGCGGUAGCGGGGCAAACAGCGCCCUCACCACCCCGUCUCCUCCUUUGACUCCGGGCUCUAGCCAGUUACCGCCGUCUUCUUACCCCCCACCGAUGAACCAAAUUCAUCACGGCGAGUAUGGUUUCACUUGGAGUUCAGCGUCACCGGGCUCGGUGAACCCGAGCCAAUGUUACGCCGGGCAGACUUACAAUGCCUACCAGAACCCGUACACAAGCGGCGAUUAUUAUCAGACCCAGAUCUCUCACAUGCAUCACAGCCCCCAGGGAAAUUAUCACCAUCCCCAGUACCACCACAACAUGGCGCUCACCUCCUCCAUGUCCCACUUGACCAGCCACCAUUUGAACGCGUCCGGCCCCAACGACAUGACCGCCUCACCGUCCGACUCUGACGGUUACAUACUGCCCGAUCAAAAGUAUCAGGCGAUGGUAUAGCGGUCCAGUAGUGGUAGUAGUGGUAGUAGGUCGACGGGAAUCUUCAAUCGCGCGCAAGAGACAGCGCUCGGAUCGUACAAUUGGCGUCUCAACUCGACGGCGAAUUGCUCCGAGAUCAAUGGUAAUAUCGAUUCCGAUGAUAACAAUUGAAAUGAAAUCGAACGAAAGAACGAACGUACGAAUGGAUCCUCGAUCUCGUCUUUCUUCUCCUUUCUUCUCCUUUUACCUCGCUUUUUUUUCUUUUUUGUUUCUGAGAGAAUUUUCGCGCCAAUUUUCGCGCCCGGAUAUAUCGUCAUACAUAUACAUGUGCAUCGUAUGCUUCAGAGAGGACUUCCAACCAUGAUAUUGCAAUUUGUGUAGUGAUUGCAUUGAAUAGAAUGUAAUUUUUUUUUUGUGGAAAUUUAUUGCUCCUAUAACGAUAAGAGAAUUGAAGGAAAUAAUAUGAAAGAUGGGAUUCAUUUCAAAAUGAUUCGUGGAAAUGAAAUUUUUGCGGCCAA